UCCCUCCCUCUCUUUCUCUACCGACUCCCGCUCCUGCUUUCUCUCACCCCGAUGCUACAUUCCCGUGUCGAUUCGCUGCCUCCCCGGCCCCUUCGCUACCCACCCCAAAUCGAGCCGCCUCUCCCCUUCGUUUUCCUCCGACUCUCUCGCCUAACAGAGAGGAGGGGUCGGUCCCGUGCUCGGCUUGGCUCCACGGAUUUCCGGCCUGUUGGAGCCUGUCGGGCGAUUCCGAACCGGAGGUGGAGUGCUUUUUGAUGGUGUUCUUCGAUGGAGGAGGCAGGGAGAGAGAGGGACAGGACGGUGGCGGUGGUGGUGGAGGAUACCAGCGCGGCCACUAAGGAUGCAGCUGCUGCUGUAAGCACAAAGCCCGCUAAGAGAUAUCCGCUCGCAUUAUGGAUAGCCAUAUUGGGCCUGAUCAUGCUUGUGGGCGUGUACAUAUUCUCGUUGUCCCUGAAGCAAAACGGGAUGCUGUUCGGCCUCAUGCAGGCGAACAUGAUAGAAAAGGAAAGGGAGAAGCCUUGUCAUGAUCCCAGGAUCCCAGACACAGAAAUCCCUUACGUGCACUACCCAACGCCAAAUACUUAUGAUAGGGAAGAAUGUGCGUGCACGGGGGUUAGGUUCUUUGCUAUCUUGUCAAUGCAGAGGUCGGGGAGCGGAUGGGUUGAGACGUUGUUGAAUAGCCAUCCAAAUAUUAGCUCCAAUGGAGAGAUAUUCUCUGUCAAAGAAAGACGCAGUAACGUCACUGCGAUAACGAAAACGCUUGAUAAAUUAUACAAUCUGGAUUGGUACAGCAGUGCUGCUAAGAAUGAGUGCACUGCUGCUGUGGGGUUGAAGUGGAUGCUCAAUCAGGGUUUAAUGAAGCACCAUCAAGAGAUGGUCAAAUACUUCAACCGAAGGGGUGUGUCUGCAAUUUUUCUAUUAAGAAGAAAUCUUCUCCAGCGCUAUGUCUCUAUAUUAGCAAAUGCCCAUGAUAGCGCCAUGAAACAACUAAAUGGAACUCAUAAAGCUCAUGUGCACUCCAAAGAUGAGGCUGAAAUUCUUGCACAGUAUAAACCAACAAUUGACAGAAAAAUGUUGAUUACUGAACUAAAGCGGUCUGAUAAAUUGGCAUCUGAUGCCUUGGUGAAUUUCAAGAACACCAGGCAUAUUGUUCUGUACUAUGAGGAUGUUGUCAGGAAUCGCACUAAGCUCAUGGAUGUCCUGGAUUUUCUGAGAAUGCCCAAGAGGAAGCUUUCCAGUCGGCAUGUGAAAAUCCAUACUAAACAAUUGUGUGAUCAUAUUGAUAACUGGGCAGAUGUUAAUAACGCUUUGAUGGGGACACGGUUUGAGAGCUUUUUGAAUGGCUCAAGCAGACGACGUAGCUAGUUGGUGUAAAUUCUGUAGUGAGUCUUCCUUUUGACCCCUUGUUCUCCCCUUCUAUAGCUAAGAGAGUUAGGCAAUUAGGCAAUUUUGGAUACCAGCAGCUACUCCAAAGGGAUUGUUCAUUUCUCGUCUACUUUGUAGCAUGUAUAGAAUUUAAUUGAUCAAGUUAAUAGGAGCCAAUCCAUUAACCAAUGUGGUCCCUUGUCUAGAGUCCAUACAAACGGAUUGCUUGUUCUUUCUUGUUUUGACA